AUGGGCGGAUUUUUUAUUUAUUUUUAUAAUUGCUGGUUGUGGAAAAAUGUCUUCAGUGCCUGAUGGCAAGAAAUUGGUUCGAAGCCCAAGUGGACUUCGAAUGGUCCCGGAGAAUGGAGCGUUUAACAGCCCUUUUUCGUUAGAUGAACCUCAGUGGGUCCCGGACAAAGAGUGCCCAAGCUGUAUGCAGUGCACCAACAAAUUUGACUUCCUUACAAGAAAGCACCACUGCCGGCGGUGUGGCCGGUGUUUCUGUGAUAAGUGCUGCAGUAAGAAGGUGACUCUUCCCCGGAUGUGCUUCGUUGACCCGGUCCGGCAGUGUGGAGAGUGCAGCCGGGUCUCCCAGAAGGAAAUGGAGUUCUAUGACAAACAGCUUAAAGUGCUUAUGGGAGGUGGUACAUUUAUUGUCACUUUGGGCACCUCCGAGAAGUCUGAGACCAUGACGUGUCGUCUCUCCAACAACCACAGGUACCUCUUCUUAGAUGGGGAGAGCCAUUUUGAGGUGGAGCUGUCUCGGAUCUCCAGUAUGCAGGUGUUGACAGAGGAGUCCACCCCCGAAGAGAAUGACAUUCACACUUACACCAGUCUGCUGGACAGUCAGUCUUUCUCUGAAGGUGGAAACUGCAGGGCCAGUGGCAUGUUGCUCCACUACAAACCAAUGGGCUCUCAGGACCCCAAGCAGCUACGCAUGGAGGCAGCAGAGGACAAGAAAACUGCCUCCUCAUGGCUUGCUGCCAUGCACAAGGUACACCACCAUAACAGUCUGGCUUGUUUUUUAAUAGGAAUGUUAUAUUUGACUUAAAAUGUUACUGGACUGAAUGGUGUGAUAUCCAAGCUUCAGACCCACCAUUGCGUACUGUGUGUGUAUAUGGCUGAAAUAGUUAUUUUGUAUAGCUCUGCCUGUACUACAUCUGUUCCCUAACAGGGUGCCAAACUGCUGUAUGAAGCUCGGGACCAGUGACUGGGUUAAAUACGGAAGACACAUUUCAGUUGAAUGUAAUCAGUUGUACAACUGACUAGGUAUCCCCCUUUUCCCUUUCAUUGCUAAGAUGACUAGAGAGUGAGAUGGCACAGACCAAGUGUUUUCUUUCCUACCCUUAAGUCUCUCAUUCUCUAAAUGUAGACAGCAGAUUUUAGCUACACUUCACUUGAACUAUUUGGCCAAUAACCCAUUCUAAUACUGCCAUCUAUGUAAUGCUAUAAUAGACAUAAGACACUUGGCAUAACCCUUUCCCUUCACCACCAUUAAUGUGACAAAUUACCUUAAAAGCAUCAUGUAGGGUCUGUGACACAUAGUUCAAGUGAAGUUUCUUUAUAUAUUCUGUCUAUGCUCUGCUUUCAGUGCUGACAGAUUAUUCACUGAUUCUAGUGAAAUACACUACCGGUCAAAAGUUUUAGAACACCUACUCAUUCAAGUGUUUUUCUUUAUUUUACUGUUUUCUACAUUGUAGAAUAAUAGUGAAGACAAACUAUGAAGUAACACCUAUGGAAUCAUGUAGUAACCAAAAAAGUGUUAAACAAAUCAAAAUGUAUAUGAGAUUCUUCAAAUAGCCACCCCCUUUGCCUUGACGGCUUUGCACACUCUUGGCAUUCUCUUAACCAGCUUCACCUGGAAUGCUUUUCCAACAGUCUUGAAGGAGUUCCUACAUAUGCUGAUUUGGUUGAGAUCGGGAAAUUGUGGAGGCCAGGUCAUCUGAUGCAGCACUCCAUCACUCUCCUUCUUGAUAAAAUAUCCCUUACACAGCCUGGAGGUGUGUUGGGUCAUUGUCCUGUUGAAAAACAAAUGAUAAUCCCACUAAGCCCAAACCAGAAGGGAUGGCGUAUCGCUGCAGCAUGCUGUGGUAGCAAUGCUGGUUAAGUGUGCCUUGAAUUCUAAAUAAAUCAGACAGUGUCACCACCACACCAUAACACCACCUCCUCCAUGUUUUACGGUGGGAAAUACAUAUGCGGUGUGGGUAAACGGAUUAUCUCCGCAUCUCAGACAUGACGGUUUGAACCAAUUUGAACUCCAGACCAAAGGACAAAUUUCCACUGGUCUAAUGUCCAUUGCUCGUUUCUUGGCUCAAGCAAGUCUUUUCUUCUUAUUGGUAUGAGUUUCUUGGCAGCAAUUUAACCAUGAAGGCCUGUUUCACACAGUCUCCUCUGAAGAGUUGAUGUUGAGAUGUGUCUGUUACUUGAACUCUGAAGCAUUUAUUUGGGCUGCCAUUUCUGAAGCUGGUAACUCUAACUCUACCUCUGCAGCAGAGAUAACUUUGGGUCUUCCAUUCCUGUGGCGGUCCUCAUGCGAGCCAGUUUCAUCAUAGCGCUUGAUGGUUUUUGUGAAUGCACUUGAAGAAACUUUUUGAAUUUUUUAAAGUAAUGAUGGACUGUAGUUUCUCUAAGCUUAUUUGAGCUGUUCUUGCCAUAAUAUGGACUUGGUCUUUUACCAAAUAGGGCUACCUUCUGUAUACCCCACCACCUUGUCAAAACAACUGAUUGGCUCAAACGCAUUAACAAGGAAAGAAAUUCCACAAAUUAACUUAACAAGGCACACUUGUUAAUUGAAAUGCAUUCCAGGUGACUACCUCAUAAAGCUGGUUGAGAGAAUGCCAAGAGUUUGCAAAGCUGUCAUCAAGGCAAAGGGUUGCUAUAUUUCAAAUAUAAAAUGUUUUGAUUUAUUUAACACUUUUGGGGUUAUUUCAUUAUUUCAUAGUUGAUGUCUUCACUAUUAUUCUACAAUGUAGAAAAGUCAAAAUAAAGAAACUGAACGAGUAGGUGUUUUAAAACUUUUGACCAGUAGUGUAUAUGUAUGUAUACACAGUUUAUGAAAUGCUUUAAAUUUAAUCCCAUGCAUUGGAUUUUUGUAUAAACUAUUUUGUUAAAUAUUCCUAUUUUAACACAUGCUGUGUAUGUACUUUUUACUGCUAAAGUAUUUAUAGUUUUUGUAGCACUUGUAUACUUUGUUUUUUUCUUACAAGAUGACUUAAACAUUUUGUUCUCAUGUUGGCUGGCUUUGCUUAUAAAUGAAUUGCACAACCUCAACAAACUAGCCCUUUAAUAUAAGGGUAAACUAAAGUGUGAAGCAACACUUUUACUCUUCAGUUUUGUUUGCUUAUAUCCAACUUAUUAUGCUUCAAAUACCAAACAAAAUACUUAAUAAGAGGUUUUCAUUUUUGACCAAAUUUAGAAAGUUAGUGGUAUUCUAUGGUUUUACCAUUUUGGAUAAAAUGACAAAAAUUUGACAUGAGUACUGCUCACAUAAGAAGGCUACACUCUUUAAUCAAUUGUAUUAAUUUGGUAAGAGGCAUGUUGAAAUGGUGUUUGCUGGAUGUGUUUGAGGCAUUGUGUGUCAAGAAAUGGCAUUAAUAUGGUAAUUCACGUUAAGGUGACUACGUCACUUUUGUAGUCUUUGCUUAGUUCACAAGGAUGUUCUCUAGGAUGCAUUUAUUAUUUGAAAUUGUGUAAUCUUUUAUACAUCCUUGCCCUAUGGUUCCCGAAGUGAUCUACAGUCCUAUUUUAAUGCCCUGAUGCUGGACAUGGAAUCUGUUGCUGCAUGAUGCAGCAGUAUUUGAGAUGGCUAGACUCAAUUCUUUCUGUUCUCUACAUUGUGUUCAUUCAAGUUGAAAUUGGAAGUUUUGCACUAAAUGGCAUUGUCAAAUUGAUACAUUCAGAAGUUAAGACGUACCACUGCACUUUAUGGUCUCCCUUUUUACAAUCACUGACCUAAUAGUAAUUAUAUUACAGUUUCUAAUUGUGUGUCAAUGUUCUCUUAUUGUUAACUCAAUAAAUGAAAGUGUUUGUAAAGGUA